AUGUCUGGUUACGGCUACGGUCCGCCUCCUCCUCCUCCUCCACCGUCAAGUUCCGGUUACUCGUCGCAUCCGAGCGCUUCAUAUCCUCACAAAGGUCCAAAUAGGGGAGGUGGGGGAUUCCAAGGUUCUCGGGGUCGCGGCGGCCAGUAUCCCCGUUCUCGAGACCACCAUGGACCUUCUCAGGCUCCGUUCGAAUAUUCGGGUCAACCCUAUCCACCACAUCAUCAGGCCUCCUACGGCGGCGCACAUGCUCCUGUAGGCAGCUAUCCGCCUCAUCCGCCGCAAUGGCCUGGUGAACAUGCCGCUCAUGCACCUUUUGGCACACAUCCCCAUGCCCCUGCACCCUUGUCUGCUUCCAACUACCACCCAGGUUAUGGCCCUCAAGCAUAUCCAACAACUGCCCAGCAUGCACAACCGCCAUCAUAUGGCUCCGCACAACCAUAUGGGCAGCCAUAUCAGGGCCACCCAGUUCAAAAUCCUUCGCAUUGGAGUCUGCAGGGCCCUCCUCAACCGUCACACUACUCUAAUAGUCGUGGACGUGGAGGGUAUGGCGAUCGUGGAGGCCCAAAGCCGCACGUAGCGGAACAUGUUCGUCAUGGUUACGGGCAUGAACCUGUACCACCGGCUGUAGCGCCAUAUGGCCAGUCGUACCCUCAUGAUCUCCGUGCUCCUCAUUUUCCUCCAGCGUCGUUUCCAUAUCCCGGCCCGCCUCCUGCACCACCCUCAUCACGUCACGACGGCCAUUCCGCCCACCCCUCAAGGAGAAAUCGAAUUGGUGGGCACAAAGAUGGCUUCCGCGGCCGUGGUGGUCAUCACAACAAUCACCACAAUAAAAACCGUGCUGGCAAGCAACAAAACAGUGACAAUAAUAAGCCCAAGACAGAUACCCCCUCGGUUGGAAAGAAGAAGAAACGUAAGGUGAACACUCUCGGCCUAACUCCAGGGGUAGAAUCAGAAUCCGAAGAUGAUGAGGGUGAAGAGAAGAUUCUCACGGAUUUGAUUGGUGCUGAAACUCUUCAAAUUAGUGACGUUGCUGCGUUCCUGGCUGAACGACGAAAGAAUUAUCCUACAAAAGCACGAGUGGAGGCAAAGAGAGCUGCCGAGGUGGCGCAAAAGGACGAAGCCAAGACAGCAGAACUCGAAAAGCAGGCGGACAAGCUGAGAAAGCAGCUUCGCAAGGUUGAGUUCACCAUCAAGCGAAAGCGAGAGCAAGGGGACGAAGGAGAUGAAAUGAGGGACUCAUCUGAUGACUCGGAUGACGAGAAGCCAGAAGUUAUGUCUUCUCGAGUACAGACCGCACCACCACCCCCUCCUGCCAAGAAGGCGGAUGUAACCCGUCAUUGCAAGUAUUAUUCCACUGGCGGUACAUGUGGGAAGAAAGGCAAGUGCCGCUUCGUUCACGAUCCUGAGGUUAGGGAGGCAGCGAUCAAGGAGCGCGAGGCCAAUAAUGGCCGCUUGACCAUUCAGCAACGUUUGAUUCUGAAUGAUAAGGACCAGGAGGACCUAGCCAUUCUCCAAUCCAUCAAGUACCUGCGGCAAAAGGGAAUAAUGACAUCUACACCCAAUGGAACCGACGAGAAAGGAGGGGCCAAGGAGAAGGGGACAGGGCUGGACAAUGAAAAGGACGACACCCAGACCAACGUGGCGCCAGUGCCUGCGACGUCUCGGUCAAGUCUACUUCCUGCUGCUCCGGCCUCUCUGCCUCCUCCACCCGUCAAAAGAGAAACCACCCCACGUCAAAAUAAUCCUCAGCCUUCAAUUCUCCCUAGUGCUGACAGUGCCAGCGAUUCAGGGGUGAAGCAUUAUGAAGGUUGGCUUUUACAGCCGUACGGUAGUUCGAAUGAGGAUAAGUCCAAGACGGACGAUCUACCUUGA